AUGUCUGGCACAGCUGAGAAGCACGACGCCGCCGACCUCUCCAAAAAGGCCGGCGGGGACUCCUCCUCCCAGGACAACAGCGUCAUGGGCGGCCCCGAGAUGUACGGCGAGGUGACCGAGUUUGACGAGAACCUGGCCACCUCGCGGUCCGCCGCGGAUCUGGAGAAGCAGAAGACGGCCCAGGGCGAGGCGCACUUCAACCGCCUCGGCUGGAAGCGCCUGACCAUCAUCCUCAUCGUCGAGGCCAUCGCGCUCGGCUCGCUCAGCCUGCCCAAGGCGUUUGCCGAGCUCGGCAUGGUCGCCGGCGCCAUCGUCUCCGUCGGCCUCGGCCUACUCGCCAUCUACACCUCCGACGUGGUCGGCCAGGUCAAGAUCAAGUUCCCCGAGGCGGCGCACUACGCCGACGCCGGUCGCCUGAUCGCCGGCCGCGUCGGCUACGAGGUCGUCGGCGCCAUGUUCGUCCUGCAGCUCGUCUUCCUGGUCGGCUCGCACUGCCUGACUGGCACCAUCGCCUUCGGCAACAUCGUCGACAUCUCCAAGACGGGCACAUGCUCGCUCGUGUUCGGCGGCGUGUCCGCCAUCAUCCUGCUCAUCCUGGCCAUCCCGCCGUCGUUUGCCGAGCUGGCCAUCCUCGGGUACAUCGACUUUGUCUCCAUCGUGCUCGCCAUCGGCAUCACCAUCAUCGCCACCGGCGUGCAGGCCUCCAAGUCGCCCGGCCUGUCCAACGUCGCCUGGUCCGCGUGGCCGCGCGAGGGCAUCAGCUUCGCCGACGCCUUCAUCGCCGUCACCAACAUCGUCUUUGCCUACUCCUUCUCCAUCUGCCAGUUCUCCUUCAUGGACGAGAUGCACACGCCGCGCGACUACAAGAAGUCCAUCUGGUCGCUGGGCCUCAUCGAGAUCACCAUCUACACCGUCACCGGCGCGCUCAUCUACGCCUUUGUCGGGCCCGAGGUCAAGUCGCCCGCGCUGCUGUCCGCCGGCGACACCGUCUCCCGUAUCGCGUUCGGCGUCGCGCUGCCGGUCAUCUUCAUCUCCGGAUCGAUCAACACGACCGUGGUCGGGCGGUACAUCCACGGGCGCGCGUACCGCGACUCGGUGACGCGCUACAUCAACACGCCCAAGGGCUGGGCGACCUGGCUGGGGCUGGUCUUCAUCAUCACCGUGCUCGCUUUCAUCAUCGCCGAGUCGAUCCCGUUCUUCAGCGACCUGCUGUCCAUCUCCUCGUCGCUGUUCGUGUCCGGCUUCACCUACUACUUCCCGCCCAUCAUGUGGGUGAUGCUCAUCAAGGAGGGGCCGGUUUGGGCGCCGCACAACCGCGUCAAGGCGGUGCUCAACCUGGUCGCCUUCAUCGUCGGCCUGAUUGUGCUGGUCGGCGGCACAUACUCGAGUAUUGUUGAUAUUAUGAAAAACUACCGCGACGGCAGGGUCGGCAGCGUCUUCACCUGCAAACCCAUCGGUUGA